UGUCGGACCACCACGAGCCAGUUCUUCAACUCAGCCCAUUGCCUUUUGCAGUUUCCCCCUCUUUCUUCAAAACCUUUCAUCCAUCCAUCCAUCCAUCCAUCCAUCCAUCCAGCCUGCACUGCGGCACUCAAGCCUGGAAGUGAAGACUUGAGGAGUGAGCGGCAGAAAGAACCAAAGUUUGCAUUUGAGAUAGGCUACCGUCUGGAAAAAGAGGAGAGACAUUUUGGCAACUCUUUCAAUGCGAUUCUCCAUAUCGGAGUUGUUUUAACUGGGACAGACGGAGCUCCCGUGCCAGAGAGAAAAGAAGAGAGCCACAUCAGAUUGUCCGCCAGCGACAGAGAUCAAGCCUUGCACAAGUUUGGAGAAGGAUGGCAAACCUGGGUCUCCAGCUCUUGGGUUACUUCCUCUCCUUGGGCGGCUGGAUGGGCAUCAUCUCCACCACAGCUUUGCCCCAGUGGAAGCAAUCGUCGUACGCGGGCGAUGCCAUCAUCACCGCCGUGGGUCUGUACGAGGGGCUGUGGAUGAGUUGCGCCUCUCAGAGCACAGGGCAGGUCCAAUGCAAGAUCUUUGACUCCAUGCUCUCGCUUGACAUCCACAUCCAGACAUGCCGUGCCCUCAUGGUGGUGGCGGUACUGCUGGGCCUAAUCGGCAUCAUCAUCAGUGUGGUUGGGAUGAAGUGCACAAAGGUGGGAGACAAUAACCCGGCCGUCAAGACGCGCAUCGCGGUGACUGGAGGGGCUCUCUUCCUUCUUGCAGGUCUGUGUACAUUGGUUUCCGUUUCUUGGUAUGCAACGCAGGUGUCUUAUCAGUUCUUCAACCCAAAUACCCCAGCCAAUGCCAGGUACGAGUUUGGCUCAGCCCUCUUUGUGGGCUGGGCAGCAGCAAGUCUGACUCUUCUGGGGGGCUCCUUGCUGUGUUGUUCCUGCUCCAAAGAGGACUUGCACGGCCAGCAGUAUUACCGGCAAUCGCAGCCUUCCACAGCUCGGGAGUACGUGUAACCCUUAGCCAUCAAAACAAAGUUUGCUACGGCAGAGUUGUUGAGUGAAACUAGUUUCCCUGACUGAUCUGCUUUUUAUCAAGAAUUUUCCGACUGCCCGACUACUCUUUCUUCUUUUUCCUGUCGCCUUUGACUCACAUGCAGUAUUUGACAGAAUAAUAUUGAACUUGUUAUGACUUUUCAAUUGUGAUAUCAUGACAUGACCAAAUCUGCUUUGUUGGAACCUUAUUAUAUUCUCCUCCAUUUAAAUGAAAACAAAAGCUAAUUUGAGCCAACCAUAUGUUUUGGGAUGGCAAGCAUACGGGAUCAUGCCUCGCUCUCUCUCUCUGUAUGGUGUCGUUCACCUGCCUGCCUGCCUGCCUGCCUGCCUGCCUGCCUGCCUGCCUGCGUGGCUGCCUGCAUGGCUGCCUGCCUGCCUGCCUGCCUGCGUGGCUGCCUGCCUGCCUGCGUGGCUGCCUGCAUGGCUGCCUGCAUGGCUGCCUGCCUGCGUGGCUGCCUGCCUGCGUGGCUGCCUGCCUGCGUGGCUGCCUGCGUGGCUGCCUGUCCCACCCCCCGGAUAGAUUGGAAUGUUUAUCUUUUGUUUCAAUGUAUUAACGAAUAAUCAAUGACAGAAUAACAAUUGUGAAUGAUCUCCUACCGGUCCCGCCUCAGUGCCUCAUGUUUGGUGACAGAAAAACAUGACGUAUCACCUGAUUAUAGGCCUGUUUCUUUCCCAAUAAAGUGGAUUAGCUCAGCCCACCAAUGCCUUCUUUUGUCUUCUAAACUGACACUGCCAACGCUUCUCUUUCGAGAUCAACAAGCAUAUUGGCCACCAGAUAUCAUCUUAACAUGGCAGGCAGGGCUGCGAGGGAGGGCCCACUUGUUAUUUCUCGUCAGCUCAACCUAUUUGCCGUGUCCUUUGCGACAUUCUGUCUCGCAAAAACUGCAAUCACAUUUCCCACAGUGGCUUUUCUGAACUUAUCGGAAUCAAAGCUCACACUGUACUGUAUUUUAAAUUGAUAUUUUUAAUCGCACGCGAAUGAUUGCAUUGGAUGGACAGGCAGAAAAGAUUUUCAAUCAAGAUACUUUAUUUCGUUUCUUAAAAAACAAACAUAAAAAAAAAUAAUAUAGAACUAAUACAAUGAACAAAAAAGAUAAUGCACAAAGUUGAGGAAGAAAAGAUGCAUUCUUUCAAAAUAAAAUAAAGUCGGUGGUGCCUGCAUGGUAUCAAUGAUGAAAUGGCUACAGUGAGACUGCAGAGAUUGUGCAUGGUUAGAAACCUUGAAGCAGAAGCAACCAUGCAUGUAGGUAGGUAGGUAGGUAGGCAAUUGGAAAUAGAAAAUUGGGCAUGAACACAUGCUGGCCUAUUAAAAGUGAAUGAAGAAUGCCUUAUGAAACAGCAGACCUAUCACAGUGAUCGAUGAAGUACAUUCAACCAAAUGAAUCGUUUCCAAAAUUGCAAACUUUAUUUGCUUUUAUUCUCUCGGUUUACCCGCAAAGCACAAAAUAAAAGAAGACAAUAAAAGACAACCGGGCGGGCGAUACAUUUGUCAAUGUAGCGAUGGUAAAAUGAAACGGUUUUUUGUUCAAAGGAACAGGUCUGGAAAUUUAGCGCCUCACAGCAA